CAGGGAGUCUUCACUAUGGCCCAAAUUCAGCUCCUGACAGAAGUCAAGGGCCGGUUCCGGAUCCACAGCAUCCUGGCCCGACAGUGCCUGGCAGAGUUUCUGGGUGUGUUUGUGCUCAUGCUCCUCACCCAGGGUGCUGUGGCCCAGGCUGUCACCAGUGGAGAAACCAAAGGCAACUUCUUCACCAUGUUUCUGGCUGGCUCUCUGGCUGUUAUGAUAGCCAUUUAUGUGAGUGGUAAUGUCUCAGGGGCUCACCUGAAUCCCGCCUUUUCCCUGGCCAUGUGCCUCCUGGGACGCCUCCCCUGGGCCAAGCUUCCCAUUUACUCCUUGGUGCAGCUACUGUCUGCUUUCUGUGCCUCCGGAACCACCUAUGCUCUCUACUAUGAUGCCCUACAGAACUAUACAGGAGGGAACCUGACAGUGAUUGGCCCUAAGGAGACAGCUUCCAUCUUUGCCACCUACCCUGCUCCCUAUCUGUCCCUGAAUAAUGGCUUCCUGGAUCAGGUUCUGGGCACUGGGAUCCUGAUUGUGGGGAUCUUGGCCAUCCUGGACACACGGAAUAAGGGAGUACCUGCAGGUCUGGAGCCUGUGGCAGUGGGGCUGCUGAUCCUGGCCAUCGGGCUAUCCAUGGGUGCCAACUGUGGAUUCCCACUCAACCCUGCCCGGGACCUCGGCCCACGACUUUUCACCUAUGUGGCUGGCUGGGGCCCUGAAGUCUUCAGUGCUGGUAAUGGCUGGUGGUGGGUGCCUGUGGUGGCUCCUAUGGUUGGGGCCACCCUUGGCACAGCCACAUACCAGCUGCUGGUGGCUUUGCACCACCCUGAGGAUUCAGAGCCAGCUCUGGCUCUAGAGUUUGUUCAACAUAAAGCCUUAGACGUGGAAACUCCUGCUUCUGAUUAG